UUCAGAGGAUGAAUAUUCAGAAAUGCUGCCGGAGGAUGAAUAUUCAGAACUGGUGCCGGAGGAUGAAUAUUCAGAACUGCUGCUUCAGAGGAUGAAUAUUCAGAAAUGCUGCCGGAGGAUGAAUAUUCAGAACUGGUGCCGGAGGAUGAAUAUUCAGAACUGCUGCCAGAGGAUGAAUAUUCAGAACUGCUGCCUGGGGAUGAAUAUUCAGAACUGUUUCCAGAGGAUGAAUAUUCAGAACUGCUGCUGGAGGAUGAAUAUUCAGAACUGGUGCCUGGAGGAUAAAUAUUCAGCAAUGUUGUUAGGCCCAUAUUCAGAACUGCUGCCAGAGAAUGAAUAUUCAGAACUGCUGCCUGAGGAUGAGUAUCCAGAAAUGCUGCCAGAGGAUGAAUAUUCAGAAAUGCUGCCAGAGGAUGAAUAUUCAGAACUUCUGCUGGAGGAUGAAUAUUCAGAAAUGCUGCUUGAGGAUGAAUAUUCAGAAAUGCUGCUUGAGGAUGAAUAUUCAGAACUGCUGCCAGAGGAUGAAUAUUCAGAACUUCUGCUGGAGGAUGAAUAUUCAGAAAUGCUGCUGGGUGAUGAAUAUUCAGAACUGCUGCCAGAGGAUGAAUAUUCAGAACUGCUUUCUGAGGAUGAGUAUUCAGAACUGCUUUCUGAGGAUAAAUAUUCAGAACUGCUGCCAGAGGAUGAGUAUUCAGAACUGCUUUCCGAGGAUGAGUAUUCAGAACUGCUUUCUGAGGAUGAAUAUUCAGAACUGCUGCCUGAGGAUGAAUAUUCAGAACUGCUGCCCGAGGAUGAAUAUUCAGAAAUGCUGCCAGAGGAUGAAUAUUCAGAACUGCUGCCAGAGGAUGAGUAUUCAGAACUGCUUUCCGAGAAUGAAUAUUCAGAAAUGCUGCUUGAAGAUGAAUAUUCAGAACUGCUGCCAGAGGAUGAAUAUUCAGAACUGGUGCUGGAGGGUGAAUAUUCAGAACUGCUGCCAGAGGAUGAAUAUUCAGAACUGGUGCCAGAGGAUGAAUAUUCAGAACUGCUGCCAGAGGAUGAAUAUUCAGAACUGCUGCCCGGGGAUGAAUAUUCAGAA